AUGAAGAUAUUACACGUGCAACUAUUAGCGAGGAAGAACGGCGCCCAGUAUCGACAAGAGCGAGCCAAGAAUCAAUCUUCCGUGAUUACCCUAAAGGACACCCAUGCUAGUUUCGAGGAUAGCGACACGAUGAAGACUAUAGCAGCCAUGACCAUGUUCUUCCUUGCGGUGACCUUUGCCACCUUGUUUGCCGCCCCAAUGCUUGAUUGGACGGACGAGCGAGUCGGUUCUGACCACUUUUGA